AACAAAAUGAAAUUAUUUAAAUACAAUUGCUUAAUUCUUAUUAUUUGUUCGCUCUUUAUUAUUGGGUUUGUAUCAAGUAAUGAAAAUGCUAAUGAUUCUGCAACCGAAAGUAAAUUAAAUUGUUCAACAGUGUUUUGUCCAUUGAUUCCAUCACAGUGCCCAAAGGGUCAAGCUUUGUUUACAGAGAAAUGUUGUCCUCGUUGUGUUAACUGUUCAGAUUACAAAUGCCCCAAAGAAAUUAAAUGCGAAACUGAUUUCCAUCUAACUAAAGAUCCCAAAAACUGUUGUGAAUCAUGUGUUAAAUGUAACCCAAUUGGAUGUCCUCGUAUUGCCAUUAUUUGUAAAAAAGGAGAACACCCAGGAGUCCCAGUUAAUAAGUGCUGCGCUGAAUGUGUUAAAUGUACCCAAGAAUGCCCAUUGAUUAAUUGUAUUACCGGUUCUGAACUAUACUACCCAACAAACAGUUGUUGUCCAAAAUGUAGACCAAUAGAAACAUCUAAACCCUCACAAUAAACUAAAAAAAAUAUUUUAUAAUAUUUAUAAAAAUAUUUCAUUUACACAACU